AUGACUAUUUCUGAUACUGUACAAAGAUAUGACUUAAUUUUUAAUUCCCUUAACUAUGCAGACAUUGGAGUAUAUACUUGUCAAGCUAGUCUUACUGUUGAUACAGGAGGUGUUCUGUUUAAUGGAAAUGGAUCUGCUAAUACAACUGUUAGUAUAAGAAUACCAUUACCUCAAGUAUCCAUAUCUCCUGAUAAUAAUUCUUCUUUUAUUUGUGGAACUAUUAGAACUGUUAGCUGUUCUGUUGUUUUCACUCCUCCUUUACCUACUAAUCCUAAUGUCUCAUUUAUUGUCUUCAAAGAUGAUGUACAACUAUCAUUUGAGAACAGUUCCAGAGUAAUAGCAAUUCAGACUGGAACUACUGGUGCUCUUACCUUUCAACCACUCAAUUUCUCUGAUGCUGGUAAUUAUACAUGUACUGCUACAGCAAGAGAUAGUGCUAAUAAUCCAUUAAUAAUACCAAGCAGUGCUUCUGAUGAAUAUAUUGCUACUGUACAAGCCAUUCCUGUUCCUAAUAUCACAUUCACUAAUACUACUGGUAGAUCACUGGGAGAGAGUUUAACUCUUGAUUGUACAGUUGAUGUGCUAGAUGACCUGUACAAUAUUAAUGUUACUAGCAGUAUAGUAAGAAAUGGAGAACUUAUUACUAGUACUACUGGAUCUGGUGAUACUACAGCAAUGAUUAUGAUUAAUUCAAUAAGAUCAUCUGAUGCUGGAGACUAUCAAUGUAUUGUUAAUAUCACUCAACCUGAUAUAAACUAUGAAUUUAAUGGAAUGGAAUCUACUCAAGUCAUACUAACAUUACCUACUCCUUCAGUUAUUGUUGAGUAUAAUGCUACUGGACAUUUAGUAGAUGGAGAACUAGCAGAAGGACAGUUUCUUGAUAUUAUGUGUAUAGCUGACAUCAGUCAAUAUAUUGAUACUAGUGUUAGUGUUACUAUGAGUUGGAGGAGAAAUAACACUGUACUGACCAAUGGAAGUGAUUUUACUAUCAGUCCUCCAGUUAUGACUAAUAAUCAGUACACUGGUGUGUUACGUAUUAAUAGUUUAAGAGAUGAACUUGAUAAUGGUGCUAGUUAUAAUUGCUCAGUUAGUGUGACUCCUAAUACUCCUUUUAUACUAGCAGGGAAUGAUAAUGGCAGUGGAGUUACAUUAACUGUAGCAAGUAAGUGA